CACGGCACGCACUGCGCCUCGACCGCGGGGGGUGCAACCUACGGUGUCGCCGAGGGCACCACCAUCAUCACCGUUCAGGUGCUGAACUGCGGCGGCUCCGGAUCGACGGCCGGCAUCGUCGCGGGCAUCGAGUGGGCGGUCGCAGACUCGAAGGAUCGCGGCUUGCCAGCGGUGAUCUCGAUGUCGCUCGGUGGCGGCGGGGCAAACCGCUUUGACGCUGCCAUCAAUGCCGCCUUUGCCGAGGGUGUCCUGAGUGUCGUCGCAGCCGGCAACUCCAACGCCGAUGCGUGCGACUACUCUCCCGCCUCUACACCACUCGCAGUCACCGUGGGAUCGACAACCAACAGCGACGCCAAGUCGGGCUUCUCGAACCACGGCACGUGCGUCGACAUCCAUGCGCCUGGCUCCGGCAUCACGGCGGCGUGGGUCGGCUCUGACUCGGACACCACCACUAUCUCCGGAACCAGCAUGGCG